CAUCCUCAUUGAGCGCUUUUUUCGAGUGGACCGUGGAUGCGCCACCGGGAGCCAUGAGUGGACGCGGGGACGAGCCCGGCGAGAGCUCCCAGGAGCCCUCAGGGGCCGCGGAGCCCCAAAAGAGGAGACCGGGAAGACCGCGAAAACUCCAAAAAGAGCCGAGCGGAGAGCCCGUCCCAAAGCGACCGAGGGGCCGCCCCAAAGGCAGUAAGAACAAGGGCCCUUCGAAGGCAGCACAGAAGAAAGCCGAGGCAACUGGGGAGAAAAGACGCAGGGGGCGACCCAGGAAAUGGCCACAGCAAGUCGUCCAGAAAAAACCUGCUCAGGAAGAAGAAGAAGAGGAGGAAGAAGAUGAGGAGGAGGAAGAGGAGGAAGAUUAAGCUUCCAUACCAUGAAACCUCUACCUCAUUCAGCUGUCAGGUCUUUCAAAGGGAAAAGACUACCUUGACCACUUAUUUUUUUUUCUUUAACCUUUUCCACAUGUUAUUUUCCUUUUUUUUUUUUAAGUCCAUAUCCAGUAUUUUUCCUUUGUCACUGGAUGUUGGAUGCAGAGACCUGUCACCAAGCAGGCAAAAGAUAUUUCUCUUCCAAUUUCCACAACAUGCAGACACACCCUUUAAAAUACUUAUGGAGAUGUCCUCGCUCUUAACCAUCUCUGAAACUGAAACUGCAGGUUUUCUUCUCCGAAUUAUACAAAUAUUAGAGCAACCUACAACUUGACCUAAAAUGAUUACCAUCAAGGACAGGGGGACGCUUUCCUCAGGGGGCAGUUUUAUGAUCAAUCAUGUUAACCUUUGACACCUAUUUGAACCCUAAACCCAAUAGCAUAAGGUGUUGUUCAUUUUAAUCUGACAAAUAAAAAUAUUACUAUAUCUUAAAAUAGUAUACGAUUUCUGUUGGAUGUAAUCCUCACAUCUCCAAAAUUAUUAUUUUUCAAGAAAUUAGAAGAUUGUUUGUUAUUAAACGUAUCGGUAUAAAGGAAGUAAAUUCAACCACUUUGAAAUUUUGGAAAUAUAACAAAACCAUGUAAGGAUAAAUUAGUGAAAAAAAAGUUCGACAGUCCUACAUUUCUUUUUUCAAUCUAAAAUAAUGGUUUUAAAAUUUCAAUUAACUUUUAAUAAUUAGAAUGAACAUUCCAAUGCCCCAAAUUUAUAUUUGAAAGCUUUAAUUUUGACUUGAGGUCACAUUACCCCGGUUUUGUUUAUUUCCGCAACCUCAGUAUUUUGCUUUAGUUACCCUGUUCUUGGUGGAAUCGCAAAUUUCCCGUUCAGUCAUUUACGCCACAAACCAAACUUGUUUGCAUCCGACUGCUGUACAGUAUCGUUUAGUCGUGAAUAGCUUAAGUUGUUUGCGUAUGCGCAACGUAGCUUUAAAAUCUCGCGAAACAACCUCAUGAAAGAACAAAAACGCAUUACCUCAGAACACACACGAUACCUGGAUUCUUUUUUUUUGUGGCAGCACGGCAUCGGACAUCUCAUCUCACACUGUAACACGCAGAGGAGGCCUUGAAAUAAAUCUGCUGCUCAAUCAGACCUUAGUGGGUCACUGAUGUGCGGCGCCUUCUCAACGUUUUUUUUUUUUUUUGUCAAAACUACCUCCGACUCAGCACAAGCCGCUCUUGAAAUGUCCGUUUAUGUCACGGAAUUUUAUGAUACUGUAUAUUGAAAACGAGGUCAUUCUUGUUGACGUCUUCGCGCAUUUUCUUUUGAUGAGGUGCAAACGGAGAAAAAGCUCAAGUCAAGUUUGCGCCCGUUAUAACGUAAACUCGAGGUUGUUCUGUCAUCUUUUAACUCAUAUCCUGAAACUUGGUGGGGAAUUUUAUUUUAUUUUUUAUAUUCCUAUAAAAAAAUUGUACUGCGUAUACAGCUAUAAAUGCAAUUCUAUGUUUUGAACACAUUAAAGGAUUUUCUUGGGUGGUGCUGUACAAGUACUGUAUUUUUCGGAUUAUAAGGCGCAUGACGGCACGUUCAGGGAAACAAUCCAGCAAAACUAAAUUUGACAUCCAUUGAGUAUUACAAGUGUGCCUUAUUGUCUGAAAAAUAUGUUAAUUGAUUUGUAAUUGCCACCUGACGGCGGCAAGGCAUUACUUUUGUCUAAAUGUAACUCCUUAACUCACUUUGCCAUAUUUUCUUGAUAACGAGAUGCCAACAAAUGGCGCCAAAGCAAUACUUUUAUACUCACCCAUUCACUGCCAACCCAGUUGAAACGAAUUUGACGUAGAAAGCAGCGAAUGAGUUCGACAUGGCGUUGUCAAUAACUAAUUAUAUGCUCAAAAUUUUUUAUUUUUUUUUUAAAUCCAUGAAUGGGCGAAUUCUGCUAAAUUUACUUUGCUAUUAGCGAUUCCUGAAAGAAAAAAAAUCAGUGGUGUGUUUUUAUAUACUUAAUACACAAAAGCAGCUAUGUAUUCCUUCUAAUAUACUUUAAUCUUACUUUCUAUCUAUACACGACAAUGCAACAUAUUUUCCUCAAACUGGGAUGGACAAUAGUUAACUUGAAUGUUAUUUUUGUUUUGUUUUUAAAUGAGGGGCUGUUUUUUUUUUUUUAUUUUCUUUUCCUGAUUGUACUACCUACAGUAUGAAUGAACUGUACCUCAAAAGUAUCAGCUAACAACGGACUAAUCACGUCACUACCUCCAGUUUUGGUCAUGUCUGUUUACGUUCAGUAUGAGCAAUGUUAAUAAUCUACAACGUAUUAUCAGGACUGCAGAAGUUUCUUUUUUUUUUUUGUCUAAUCUCAGUAACUUUCUCACCCUCAAGUGGCUUUUCAGAUUUGACUAUUGUAUAUUGUAUUCAUGUUUUCUUGUUUUUAAAUAGAUGGUAUACUUGAUUAGGAGUUCUCGUGUACGCAAAUGUGAUUUUUUUUUCUUCUCUUAUAUGGUUAAACCAGAUGUAUACGGGGAUUGGUUUUUACUUUGAAAGAAAGUGUUGCAUUCUUGAAAUUCAUCCAAGGCUAGAGGUAGAGCCUCCGAGAAGCGACGUGAUUUUUUUCAAUCCACCUUCAUUAGCAACAGUUUAUUCUUGCAGCAAAUGUUUUUAAUGUUAAAGCUGCCUUACUACACUGUGGAGGAACUUUCAGCUCUGGGAGUCUUAAAAAAAAAAAAAGUUACUCGUCAUAACCUUUGUAUUCUAGUACAAUCAGAUACACAUUACUACCUCUCAAAGGGCCUAUUUUUACCUCAAUCUCAAAUCUAAAUACUGUUUUGACAUCAAGAGAGCAUUUUGGGUGAACAUCUUGAAAUGUUGAUUUUUUUUGCCGGGAUACAUUUUCUACGACUGUUUUUCGAUUCACCUCAACUGAACUUGUAACUUUUAUUAUGUAGUAGAAGCUGGGAGGCACGUGGUUGGAUUUUUCCAAGCUCUCCGCUGUUUUAUUUUCCUUUCUUCGGCAGUAUCUAACGUCUAAAGUAUCUAACCUGUUUUGUUUGUUUUCUUUAUCCACUUCCUUUCUUGGAUUACAGUUUUUACUCGCUUGCUAAAAGUCUUUAGAUAUUCACUACAUUUUAUUCAGCACAAUAAUAAAAAAAUGUAUGGCAAA